AUGCCCGAACCACGUGCUCCGGGUGCAAUCUGCGGCGGGAAUCUUGCCGUGAGAAUCCCGACCAAUAGAAGCCGCGAAUCGCAGCCCUUCGGCUACACAGCCACUGGGCAGGCCCCAAUAGCCGGCAACCGCGGUCCUUUGCCAGGCUUUUUCAGCACCGUAGCUGAGUGUUCCAAAGUUGCAAGCGGGCAUGCAACCGGGCAUGUUCGACCUAUGUACGGAACGUCGGCUGACGAUCAAUUUGUUCAUGGCAUCGAUUAA